AUGUCCUCUGCUCAUGAUGCCACCACCAAGAUCUCCAUUGACAAGUUCGACGGCGACAACUACGCGACGUGGAGCCGCUACAUGCGUGGCGUGUUCCUGACCAAGUCGGCGUGGCACGUGGUGAACCGGGAGACCACCCCCACCUUCGCCGAUCCUCGCGCCAGUGACGACUACGUCAAGACGAACAACAUUGCGUUCGGCUUGAUGCUGCUGCACAUGAGCGUAGAUUAUCAUCAUGUGGUCGAUGACUGUGAAGAGGCGUGGGUCGCGUGGGCGCGUUUGAAGACGCUGUACGGCAGGUCGCAGAAGGCUGGACGCAUCUACUUGAAGCGCCAGCUGUUCAGUAUGGAGAUGGCAGAAGGCGGCAAUGUGUUGCAUCAUUGCAAUGAGGUCCUCAACAUCAGCGCAAAGCUGGCUAGCAUCGGCGCCAAGAUGUAG